CGGACUCCGUCCCGGGAGGCGUCGCGCACUGACGGCGUCGCCAUGGAGCCCAGGGCGGGUGCUUCCAAACAGGACAUUCGUGAGCAGAUUUGGGACUACAUGGAAUCACAAAAUUUAGCUGACUUUCCCCGACCUGUUCAUCACAGGAUUCCCAACUUCAAGGGCUCUUAUCUGGCUUGCCAAAACAUCAAAGACCUAGAAGGUUUUGCCAGAAUGCAGCAAGUGAAAGUGGACCCUGAUAAACCGCUGGAAGGUGUUCGGCUGCUGGCGCUGCAGAGUAAGAAAACGCUGUUGGUUCCAACACCGCGACUGAGAACAGGGUUAUUUAAUAAGAUCACACCACCCCCUGGGGCAACUAAAGACAUCUUGAGAAAAUGUGCCACGUCUCAGGGCGUGAGGAACUUCAGCACUCCCGUGGGCUUGGAUUCCAGGGUCCAGGUGGACUUAGUUGUGGUGGGAUCCGUCGCUGUGUCUGAAAAAGGCUGGAGAAUUGGGAAGGGAGAAGGGUAUGCUGAUCUUGAAUAUGCCAUGAUGGUGUCCAUGGGAGCAGUCAGCCCGGGGACGCCAGUGGUCACCAUCGUCCACGACUGCCAGGUCCUCGACAUACCUGAAGCGCUCCUUGAGGAUCACGACCUCACGGUGGACUAUAUUCUCACUCCAACGAGAGUCAUUGCCACGGGGUGUGAGCGCCCAAAGCCAGCGGGAAUCACAUGGUCCAAGAUCAGCUGUGAGAUGAUCGGGAAAAUCCCAAUACUGAGGAGCCUUCGAAACCGAGAGAAGCAGGCUGGGAAAGACGUCACCCUUCAGGAUGAGCCCCAGCACCUGGAAACGGGCUGUCAGCAGAUGGAUCCCCUGCACGCUGUCAGAAGACUCCGGGACCCACCCCAGCCGGAAUCUGGUUCCGUGCAGGGGGAGGAUGUGCCUUCUGACACUGUUUACGUCGGGAACCUCCCCCAGGACGCCCGAGUGAGUGAGCUGAAGAGAGCCCUCAAAGACCUCAGCGCAGCCCCCCUGCGGCUCACCUGGCAGGGGCCACAGCGCAGGGCCUUCCUCCAUUACCAGGACCCGGCCUCGGCCCAGCAGGCCGUCUCCUGCCUGCAGGGCCUACACCUGGGCGCCAGCACCUUAAGGGUGGCGCUGGCCGGGCAGCAGAAGGCCAGUGAUGUGGUGGGCGGCCACGCUGGGGAGCCACACUCUGACCACCGCCUGGCCGUCUCUGACCUAUGACGACGUCCUGCUCCAGUCCCCAAGGAAUUUCAGCAGCCCACAUAGCAGGACGCGGCAGAGCUGUUGCUGCCUGGGCUAUUUUGAGUUCAGUCUUUUCUAGGAAGUCACAGCCUUCAGUUACUGCCUGGUGAUCUGACGAGUAGGGGAAACUAGCAGUAACACAGUUCCUGUGUGCAGGAGGCUGAGAACUCGCUGUAUGCAGGUUCUGGUUGACCUUGGGCCUUUAGCCUGUUGCGUGGUGUAGACAUGCUGGUUUCUCUGUGGAGACAGCAUUGUGGAGGGUUAGGGGGCUGAGUGAGCAAUAAACAAGUGGGAGUAAGUGGUGACAGUGAUUUAGGAGAGUCUGUGCUCUGGAUUUGAGGGGAGUGGGGAGUAAGAGAAGAGGGAUGAAAGAUGCUGCCAGGAGAGGCCCUGGCAGGGACCAAGUGCAGGAGCACAGAGGGGCAGAACCAGAAAAUGCCCUCGUGCUCUUGGGUCCUUGGCCUGGCACUACUGGAGGCGGCUGUACGCAAACCAGAAGCCAAGUGGUUCAGUCCCUGGGUGCAAACUGCUUGUCACCACUCAGUCCUAGUGUCAGAGAUAGAGAGUCGGUCCCACGUGGACUCUCAGUUGAACAGGUCUCACCUCUGUCCCCACCUUACCUUUCCAGCCCCGCUCCUCCCUCUGGAGGAACACCCUCCACCCUCAGCUCUCAGCCAGCUGCCCUGCACGCAGCAGGAAGCUCUGUCCUGCAGGGGCCAUUGGCUUUGGAAGAUACAUUGUCCCAGCCCACGUCAUAGACAGAGUCUUAGACACACACUGACGUGCGCCCAGUGCCUUAUAUGUUCUGGGUUUUUCCUCCAGUUCUGUUCCUAAAAACACUGUAGAUUUUGGCUGAAUUUUGCUUUCUAAACAGAAGCACUUUUUGCAGUUGAUGCUGGGCAAAAAGUCAAAAUAAGCAUUUAAGUGGAGAUUAUAUUUUUUUCAAAUGUAUAUGCAUUGGAAAUUUUAACUUUUUCACCACGGGUCUUAUUGAGCAUACUUUAAGUGCAGUAUUGUGCCUCAAGAGGGCAGGCCUUGCACGCACUUUCAAGAAAACGUCAAGGCCAUCAUCUCCCUUUGAAAAAGCAUUUUCUCAUUGGUUUCACGGUAAAAAUACUAUGGAGACUUGGGAGAGAAAAUCUGUCCUUAGAUUUGCUCUUUUUUGUGUGUGUGAGGAAGACCAGGCCUGAGCUAACAUCCGAUGCCCAUCCUGCUCUUUUUUGCUGAGGAAGAUUGGCCCUGGGCUAACAUCCGUGCCCAUCUUCCUCUGCUUUAUAUGGGACACCACCACAGCAUGGCCUGACAAGCGGUGGGUUGGUGCGCGCCCGGGAUCCAAACCUGUGAACCCUGGGCCGCUGCGGUGGAGCGCGCGCACUUAACCACUGCACCACCAGGCCGGCCCAGAUUUGCUCAUUAAAUGCAGACUCCUUUGCCAAGUUGUCAUGAAUAAAAUGAGGGGGUACAAAUGUCUUAAAACAGGCCUGGAUCUUGCCUUAGGGCCUCAUGGCUCGCUCUCUCUCUGCACCAUCCACGUCUGUCCGCCUGGCUGUUCCUGGCUUCGUUUGUCGCUCGUUGUUCAGCUCGGAUGUCAGAGGCCGACUCUGACCACCCCAUCCAGAGCAGUGACCUAAUCAUCUUAACCCCUCACUCUGUCACUCUGUUUUCUGUUUUCUAGAAUGUCUCCUGUAUUUGACGUGUUCUGGUUUAGUUUUUGUUGACUUUUUUAUCGUUGACUUGCCACCGUUAGAACAGGAAGGAGUCUGUGCCUGUCUCUUUCGCUCCUCGCUGUACCUCGGCUGUGAGGACAACUGGCAGAUGCACAGCAACUCAGGAAAAUGUGGUCUGUGAAGGGAUUUGCCAGAGCCGAGAGGGAGAAACUGGAUCCUUAUCCCUCCACGGGGAGCCCAGUGUCCAGCUGUGUCUGCUGCCACCCACCUUAGACUGUUGAGUCCUACACAUCAGUAAUGAUCCUCCCAGUUAAGCCGGGUCACUUGGGUUUUCUGUCACCGGCUGCCAGAAUCAUCCAGGUAUAUUGAUAUACAGAUAAUCUAGAUCGCUGUAUCAUUUUUAUAUUGGUGGAAAAUAGGUUAGGAUAAGGAAAACUACACACCAAGUGCCUGAACUGUCAGUACCCCCGAUGUAUCAGCCUUCGCGCCUUUUCCUCCCCUCCUUGCCUCGGAGUUAUCGUGCUCGGGGCCGCCGGGAAGAGUGCUCAGAUUACAGGGAAGUGCUCAGGCACCCAGCCUUCCCUUCCCAAGGCUCUUGAGUAUUUGUCAGCAUUGUAGUUGUGUAAUUCACAUAAUGAUAAUAAGGGAAAAUAACGGAAAAUGCCCCCUUGACACAGUGCUGCUAGUACAUGGGCCCCUUUGAAGUGAAGCCUUCGUGACUCCUGGGUCCCAUCCUGUUUUUCCUAAAUGGUGGUGUGGCUUUGCCAGCAGGGGGAGGAGACUCCUGCCGAGUCCACAGCAGCACAGUUUCCAAAAACUCACCCUUCACUCUGCACAGUGAGUGCUGGACUCGGAGCCCAGAGCCCAGGCCUGCUGUGGGCAGGUCACGUAGCCCGUCCGGGUGUUAGCUACCUCACCUUUAGAACAACAGGGCUGAACUCCGUGAUUUCUAAGGCCUGGCCAGUUCUGACAGUCUGUGUGUCUCUUUUGAGGCUCACUGCUCACCGUCAGUUACAUUUUUUUCUGUUUAUAAAAGUAGACAUCCAUUUUGGAAAUUUUGGAAUAUCAGAAGUAUAAAUCACCCCAGCCCUUAAGCAGCCUUGACAUCGCCCCUUACUUCUUUCCAGUCUUUCCUCUGUGCAGUUUGAAAACAAGAUGUGCUUCAGAAUCACACAGGUUUGGCUGGGAGCAUCAGUUUGCCACCGUUUGGUAGGGCAGGUACUUACUCUCUGAACUUCCAUUUUCUCAUCUGUAAAUGGGCAUAGUAACAGUACCCCCGGAGAUUUGUGGGGGUUAGAUGACAUAGCGCCUUGAGAGUGCGUGGACUGCACGUGGCAAGUGCUCUGACCGUGGGCUCACUGUCGAGGGCAGUGGGACCAGCCACCCAUACACCCCAGGGAUUGCCUCUCGGACGGGGUGGAGCAGCUCCACGGGGCAGAACUUGGGACUGGCCCAGACCUCGCAUCUGCUGCCCUGGUGUCCAGAGCAAGAGUCUGAGGCAGUGCCGAGAGCAUGCCCUAGGCUCGGAUAUCAGCGGUGGUGGCGGUGGCCCUAGAGCCAUUUCCUGGGUGAGUUGUCAUGAAUGCUGAGACCUGGCGGAAGAGGGCAGGGUGACAGCGGCACUGAGCUUGCUGGAGAGCACGUCAUGAGGGGCUGGGUUCUGGUUGGCAGAGCAGCUAAAAGAGCCUGGAAGAAGCAGCCGUUUCUGCUCCAGAGGGAGGUUGGGUGUCCUUUGGUCUGGCCCAUGGCUUAUGGCUUCACCCGAGACAGAAGGAGACACACAAUUAUGCUCCCCUGCCUGAUGAGCCAUGGCCGGGCCCUCCCCAGCCCUCAGAUGACGUGGCCAUUGGACUGGAAAUGGUUUGGGAUCUGAAUGUCUAUGACAGCACUCAGGGGAAAAGGUGAGACCUGAGGGAACCCACUGUAUGUUCUAGGAAAGACACACUCUGAAUACAGUUGAAGACAUAGGAAACAGAUCAACUGGGGGCUUUUGAAAGACUCUCAAAGUAGAAGGACCUGACACGAGAUGUGAGGGAAGAGCAUUUAUGAGAAAGAUUUACUCCAGGAGACAGAAGUUAGUUUCAGGCAACUCUGUACUACUCAGUCUGCUCUGUGCUCCUGAAAAAUUUGAGAAGAUAGUUUCCACAUUUCUAUGAAAAAGUUGUGUCAGUUUUUGCCCUUUUCUGCUCUGAUCUCAAAAUACACAGGGAAUCAUGGGGUCUAAAAUUACAAGUCCUGUGGUCAAUAUACUCAAAAGAGAGCUUGCUGAAAAUAGGCAAAAGUGAAAAGAGCUGAGCGGGAUAGUAAAUGUACUUUUUAAAAAUCAAAGUGUUUGAUUAUAACAUUGACAUUUGUAUUAGAAGAUGUGGUAUGGAGGAGAGAGAAGAAAGUCUUUCAGCAAGAAGGGGAGAGAAUGGAAAAGAGACAGUGGCAAGCCACAGCUAACAGAGAAGGCAAGACCGCACUAACAUUGAAAGCCACAGAAGAACCCCCCUCAGCUGCAGAAGGCAGUGUCAGAGCACAGACUCCUGUAACCGAUGUGAAUAUCCCACAACAGGAUUCUAGUGGGGAGAAAUUAUACCAGCACCACACAACCUGGACCGUUGUCUACACUUAUGAGCAGAAAAUAAAGAGUUACCAGUCAUUUGAGGAAAAUCAGUGUCUCGAAACAUCGUCUAACCCUUUGGGAAAUGUCAGAACAGGAAUCAGAAGGUAAUUAGAAGGCCAUUAAAAAGAAAAUAAACUGGUGAGGAAAAAAACAUGUCUUAGAAAUUGAAAACAUUAUAAAAUAAACUUAGUAGUCAAACCGAAGGCAGAUGACACAGACACAACAAGUUGGAAGAUUAAGCCACGUGAUUCUUCCUGACCCCAGUGCAAAGGGGAUAGAGAUGGCACGUAUGAAACAGUGGGGAAAAUAAUCAGAUUAAAACUUUCGUCAGCUGAGAAAAGAUUUGACUUCAUGUUGAAAGAGUCCUCCAAGUCCAAAACAAGGGAAGCAUGUAAAUUAGUGACCUUCCCAUACAGUGUCAGUAACUUGUUGAAAACUUUGUUUUUAAUGCAAUAACAACAAAAACUAAGUAUUUGGGAAUACACCUAGUGGGCAGUGUGGAUCAUGUGGAUAAAAUUAUGAAACUCUCUUGAAAAAGAUGAAAGAUCUGAAUAAAGAGACAUGCUGUGUUCUAGAUGGAAGGAGUCAACACGAUGAAGGUGUGAGUUCUUCCUAUGUUAAAAUAUUCUAUACAUGACAAUGAAAAUCCCAACGACCUUUUCAUGAAACUCGAUAAGGUGGAUGUUAAAUGUUCAAGGAUGGUCAAGAGCAAAGAAAAGGGAUCUGCCCUCCUGGAUGUCAGGCCACUGCACGGCUUCAGCACUGACAGCAGGACGGUAUCAGCAAAUCGGCACCGUGGUGAGCAGAAUAGAAAGUUCCAAAGCAGGUGGGAGUCUGGAACAUAAGAGUAAUUUCAAAGGAGGAAGGGUCUGCUUAAGAAAUGGAGUGAGAGCUACUGGCCAUUGUUUGAAGGCUGAGUCAAGCUACUUGGAUUUCUGAAUCAUACUGCACAUAAAAAUCAAUCCCAGGCCAAUGAAAUAUCUAGACAUAAAGAGAAAUAUAAAGGGAUUUGGAGAUAAUACAAAAGGAUGUUUUAUAAUGUCAGGAUAGGGAAGGGCUUCAUAAGCAACCCUGUGAAUUUAAGGAGGAACUGAUUGCUUGGUUCCCCCUUAGAAUGUCAGAUUCUGAUUGUACGGAAUCCACAUGAGCCUCCGAGAUGAGGCAGCUGAAGAAUCCUCCUCCAAGGAGUAGAGUUAACGAGUGCCUUCUCCACUGUUACUCAGUGUUACCCUUGUUAAUGCUGCGAAGUGCAGCAAGUGCAGAGCCUCUUAACAUCAGCUGUGUAAAGACGUGGCCAGCGAAUCGGCCCCCGAGUCAGGCUGAUAAAGCCAUCAGCAUGGGAGAUUCUUGGCCUCUCUGUGGUGUCCCGGGCCAGGCACCCAAUGCCUGGUGUCCUUCUAUAAAGGGGGAUGGGAGUCAAUAGGACAAUGCAGUUUUAACAUCUGGAAAAGAAUUUUCGUCCUCAGGAGGAAGCCCAAGCUCCUUGGUCUUCAGUCUCUUCCACUUUCUUUCCUUCCACAGAUCUUCCCUAAAUCCCACCACGCUGCCCAAUGAAAUGGGUGGGAUGCAUGGCUGGCUGGCCGAACCAAGGCAUCUGUCCACCAUUGCUUAGGCACAGCUGGGUUGAGCAGCAGAGCUGUGAUGCAGGCAUUGAGGUGCCGGGCUCUGUAGUGACAUUCUGCAGAGUUUCUUCAUAGAUGGUGUCUGUGUGAAGUCGUCUGAACGGUGUGAGUAGUUCAGAACUGUUUUCUCAGUAAGAUAAAGAGCAGCAGUUGGUCCUAGAAGAAGUACCUCUAAACCUCUUGUUCUCCAAUCAAAGUAUUUCAUUGACAGACCCAGUUCUGCUGUUUGUUGAAAAGAAUGUUUGCAUAGGAUUCCCACCAUGCUGCAAAGUGAUGAAAAUAUAAAGGUGGGAUAGAAUUCUAAAAACAAGCAUUAUAGAAUGUUUAGAAAAUAUGAAGAAAAAGGGUAAUCCCACCCCCUUAAAGAACCAUUAUAAUUUCUAUGUGUUCUUUUCUACUGUUUGUCACUCUGCAUAGAUGAUUUUAUUUAGUAUUACUUAAAUCGUUUUUGGAAUGAGAGCCAGGAUAAAUACUCCUUACAAUAUUUUCUCCCACUUCUAAAAUCAAUCUCUGAAUGCUCAGCAGGGCCUAGGGUUCCACCUAUAUACACAGGUGAGCAUGUCCUCCUCGUUCUCCGAGUCUGGCUGCCCAGUGUGGACAAGCACGGGAGUCACAUGUACCCUGUAGGCCAGGCGCCAGCACACACCGUCUCAGCCCCAUGAAGUGGAAACAAUGCUCUCCCCAUUUUUGCGAAUGAGAAGACUGAGGCAGCUCAGGAGGAAGUGAUUCCCCCAGCUGACCCACAGCCAGUUCUGGCGGAGCUGAGCCCAAUAGAGAUAAUCACUCCAGAUCUCUCUCCACUUCUGCACCCCCCUUGUCAUGCCUGGGCCUCACUGGGCUGGAGGCUCCUUGAGGUCAGGGCUGCGUAUCCCAGUGGGUGAGAGCUCAGCCCUUCGGUAAGAAUUCCUUACGUGCACGAACGAAUGGCUGAUUAUCACAAACAGAAAAGGCUGUUCCUCAGAAGGCUUGAGGGACUUGUUCAGGGUUCCAGACUCAGGCAGAGGUAAAGCUGGUACUCCGACCCUGGUCUCUGCCCGCAAGAGCUGUACUUACUUUCUCUACCAGGCGACGAACAAGGAUGGCGCUGUUUACACCCCAUCCUCCCCAACCCAGCCAGCAGCCCCUGAGCCACUGGGGCACUCCCAGACUCCUAGACUCUUGGGGGAGGCGUCCUGCCCACCACCUUUGUGGGUCUGCCCUCCCACUGUCCUUGGGGCAUCAUUUGGCCUCCCUAGUUCUCAUCCAGUGACCCACGUGUACCUCACCCCAGACACCCCAAAAGGAGAAAGAAACUGAUUAUGACACAAGACUGCAAAUAAGAAAGGCUGAGAACAAAACUACCCAGGAGAAGGGAGCUGGUGCUGCUAAAACAACAGAAGAGCUUAUGUUUGGUGAAGAGAUACUGGAGAGAGGAUAGCACUUCAGAGGAGAGCAGCAUUUAGAAAGAGACAGUAACCAGAUCUGAGGAUGGUAACGUAAGGUCAGCAUACCUCUGUAUCGGAAUCCUCACCCACAGCAGGUAUUAGUAAUCAAGCCCUGCACUCUUGCUGGCUGAGCCUGAGAAACCUUCACGCUGCAUUUUAAGGAACCAGGGCCAGAUCAUCUUAUUUGGCAUGAGAUAACGAAGCUUUCUGCCUUUUUGCCAAAGGAGCAAACGAGAAUUUCUUCCUCUUCACCUCUUCUAAUCUUCCUGGGGAGCAUUACCAUGUAUCACUACCUGCCUUCCCCCAAAAGCCCCCAGGAAGUGCCUGGCUCGCAGAUGACUCUUUCCAGCAUUUCCAUUCUGAUUCUCACACCCCUACCCCCAGCAGAAACACCAAGUGGGGCUUGCUAAACUCACUUCCUGUUUAUCUGGAUCUAAUCCAACCAAUGCUCCAAAUAGAACAGAUACCCCUGAAACCUAAGGACCAUGGACUCUAGUCAAUUUCAAUAUGUUUUUCUGCAGGGAGGGCUGGCUCCUAGGGAGGCCUUUCUUCAAAAUAAGCCAUACACAGAACCCCAUACAAAAAAGCAGGAGGGAGAGACUAACGUAUAGUUGAAUGUACAAGGCUUCCCAACAGCAUUCUUUAAGGGGCGCUACCUACCUGGCCCCUCCUGCAGCUGAGGGAAGGCGACGUCUUCAGCUGGACUGGCAUCUGGUGCCAGCUGACGCUUCCCUCUGAUGAUAACAGCUCAGGUUUAUUGAGCUAUUUUAAAAGCUGUGGAAGCUGUGAAACAGGGCCUUACAGUUCUUCGACGCUCCUCCUGUCCAGAGGGGGUCUGCCCCGUCCCCUUGACUCUGGGCCCCGGGGCAGCCUGGCUCAUAGGCUGCAGCAGGAGAGACACUGUGCUGGCUCACGGGAGGAGGCUUGGAAACUGGCAGCUUCCACCCUGUCUUCUUGGGACGCUCACUCUUGGAACCUGCCCACCGUGCGGUGAGGCAGCCACGCUGCCCGUGGAGAGGCCUGCCAGCCAGCACGGCCUUGGCAGCCGUGUGGGAGCGCCAUCUUGGAAGUGGGUCCUGCAGCCCCAGAUGAGCCGUCUCGGCCAAUGCCUCCUGGAGCAGAGACAGGCUGUCCCCCCAAGUCCCCCACACUGCCAUCAGGAGAGAAAUGGUUUUGCUGCUUUAAGUUUGGAGGGUAUUUGUUCUUCAUUAAUAAUU